AUUCUUUCUCUUUCAGAAUCUUGUUCUGGAAAUAAGCACGUGACAGGUUGCUAGGUGCAUUUCUAUGACAACGUAUCUUCCCUGUUUCUGAAAAAAAUUGUGUAUACAGUAGAAUUCGUCAUCGAGAACUGAGUUCCUUUAUUUAAAUAAUCAACCUUUGGAUAACUUAUCAACAUGAGCAGAUUGGGAUACAACGAUUACAACAUCAUGCGCUCACGAAGUGCCACACCUCUUACCCCGGAAAUGUCCAAGAUCCUUCCUUACGUAACCGAUAAAACCAUUUCCCGCCAUCUAGGGUAUGCUGGAAGGUCUCUGGACAUGGGACAUGCCAAAGCUUACUACAACCCUGCCAGAAAUGCCGUUUACUCUCGCUACUCCACCAACGACUGGGGUAUGUCCAACAGCAUGAACUACUCUCUGUCUGACAAGGAGAGGUCGUUCGCCGAGAGGCUGAGGGCUGAUGCCUGGAGAGCGGUCAAGGAGACAGAUGCCAGGACCCGUAACAGGCAGAACGACAUCACCAAGAAACUAGGGGAACGAGUAUAUGACAUUGCAUUCUGGAAAAGUGAACUUAACAACGAGGUUAAUGCCAUGGCUACAGAAAUUGAAAACUUGAAGGAGUACCGCCGUACUUUGGAGAAAGCCCUUGGGGACACUGCCAACCCUCUCCACAUUGCCGAGGAAUGUCUGAUGCAUCGUGAAAAACGUCAGGGAAUCGACCUUGUUCAUGAUGACGUAGAACGCACACUCAUCAAGGAAGUCGAUAUCAUUAAGAAGUGUCAGGCCAAGAUGAAGAAGGUGUUGGACAAGGCAUACGUUCAGCUGAAGAUGAAUCGCGCCGCCCAACACGCUAUGGAGAUUGAUGCCAAGGACAAGCAUCAUGCCCAGAAUCUGGACGAUAGGAUGCAGCAGCUCAGAAACUCCUCUGCAGGAAUUGGUUACUUCCCAGGAAUCGAGAACAUUGACAACACAAUUACAAUCCCGGAUUCCUGGGUGAGAUAUACUCAGGAGAAUAUCGCCAGGUCCCAGAAAGAACGUGCUGCCUCCGAGCGCCUGAGAGGUGAAAUCGACAGCACUCUGCGAGCAUGCGCCAACGAGAUGUGGAACAACUUCAACUCUGUCAACAAUGCUUACAACACCAGAAUCAGAGAGACAACCGAUGCCAGGAACAAACUACAGGCUCAUUUGCAGAGAACUAUGCAGGAGAUCUUCGAUAUGGAGAAGAAUAUCGAGUUGCUGCGUAAGGCGAUCCAGGACAAGGAAAUGCCAAUGAAGGUGGCCCAGACUCGUCUUGAUGAGAGAACUAGACGUAUCAACGUUGAGCUCUGCAAUGAUCCAGUCAUGAAAUCACUCCAGAGAGAGGUAACCGAGAUUAGAGAAUCAGUAAGGAUCCUCAAGGAGAGGCUAAAGGCCUCUGAGCUCAGUUUAGCUCGCCUGAUGAAGACAAAGGCUACAUUGGAGCAUGACAUCGGAGUCAAGGAUAACACAAUUAAGAUUGACCAGUCUUAUUGUAUGGGAAUGCGCAAGGGUUUUCCUAUGGACCCUAAAAUCGGUCCAGUUUUUCAAAUGCCAACAUGCUAGGUAAUAUUU